AUGGCUGCGCAGACCGCAACCACCCCCGUUGUCGUGAAUGGCACACCCAAAUCCUUCCAGUCCAAAUGGUCCUCUCGGUAUCGCGGGGCCACCGUCCAGGACCUCGAGCCCCCCGCCGCCCUGUCCCUAAACCCCUCCGAUGCCAUCUCACUCGCCCUCCUGUCGGCCUUCGAGCGCGAGUACACCCACCUCACCAUCGCCACCGUCCAGGACCUCGAGCCCCCCGCCGCCCUGUCCCUAAACCCCUCCGAUGCCAUCUCACUCGCCCUCCUGUCGGCCUUCGAGCGCGAGUACACCCACCUCACCAUCGUCGACUCCGAAACCCGCGCUCUCCUCGGAUACAUCUCCAUUCCCCACCUCCAGGCACAACUAGAAAGUGGCAAGGUAAAGCCUGAAGACCCCCUCUCCUCCGCCAUGACGCACUUCCAGCGCCGAAACAGACGCUACAAGGUCAUCACCAUGGAGACGCCCCUCGAGCAGCUGGAGGAGUUCUUCCGUGGCGGCCAGACCGACGGCCCCUGGAAGGAGGAGUUUGCCGUCAUCACCGACGAGAAUAGAAGAUUUGUCCUUGGCGUUGCCACCGCACAGGACUUGGAAGAGUUUGUCAAAAGAAGGCCGGCUUGA